AUGGUGCCACCACCUCCUUUGAUCUUCAACCACCCCCCUCCUCCAGAAACCCAGAAUGAACCAGUCCCGUCCCGGCCUACGGCGCCUCCCGGCGCCAAAUGGACCAUCACCUAUUCCCAGCAGAUACCCAACCCGAAGAAGCUGCAAAAGGACCCCCCGACCAAGCGAUUCACGGGCACCGAGCCGGUCUCGGCGACCAACUUCCUGUUGGUAGCACACGCGAUCACGUGGAACGGCGGCGGUCAUUUCAACGCGACGGCGUAUACGCAGAAGAACGUACAGGGGCAGGCAACGUCACUCAGGGAAGGGAACACCGUAUCGACCGGGGGCUACUUGUCGUUUGUAGUAACCUUACGAACGGCGCCGCCGGCGGCACCACCGGCGGGCCCGGCAGGACCAAGAUCCGGGGCGAGGCCGCCUCCGGGGGCGCCCGGCUUCGACCCGACAGCAGACCUAGACGACGACGACGACGACGACGACGACGACGACAAUGGGCAGGAGCCUGAUCUGGACACCCAGGCUCGGCAGAACGCCCAGAACAAUCUCAAUCACCAGGUCGUCGACUUCAUCCAGUCUCAAAGCCUGACCGCCCCUCCACUCCCCACCGCGCCAGCCGGCCAAGCAGCCUUCGAUCGAUCAGUGAGACAGAUCCUGCAACAGCACGGCCUGCAAGAUCUCCCGCCACUGACUGAGGACUCGGUCGCCUUCGAGAGGCAGCUCUUGGAAGACGCCCAGGCCCAGGCCCUGGGCCACGCUGCUCAAGGUUCGAGUCAGCAUGCCGGACCACCCCAGCAGAUGCAUGCCGGAACAUCCCAACAAAUGCAUGCUGGACCAUCCCAGCAAACGCAUCCGGGCCAGCAGUUUGGACAGCAGCAAGAGGAGGAGGAAGAGGAGGAAGAGCCGGAAGAGGAGCCAGAGGAGGGGCAUGGGGAGGAGGGGUGGGAAGGCGACGAGGGGUUUGAGCAUGGGGAAGGAGGAGAAGAAGAAUACCCAGACGAAGGCCAAUAUGAAGACGACGACAUGGGCCAAGGCCCAGACGAAGAUGAAUUCUAG